CAUCGUUACGUGUUUUACGAACAGUAAUUAUCACACAUGUUUGGGGCACGAAUUUUCAUUUCAAAUGAAGAAAAAUGCCCGACGAUAUUGAUGAUAAUCAACAAUCAUCGAUCAAUUCGUUUAUUCAACGAAUAGCCGAUAAAUUUCGUUUCGAAUCUAUCGAACAACUUGAUGUUCCGAUCGAUCCAAAUGAAACUGGGUGGGAUAGAAUCCGUAAAAGUUGGCAAUCAUUCAAUCGUGGUGAAGAUAAUGUUGAAUUUAAAAUCAUUUCCAAUGCAAUUAGUAUGGGGGGAAUAACUGGUUUAGUUUUAGGUGCUAUGAUACAAAAUCGUGAAGUUUUUCAAUCAUUCGUUCAAAAGCAUAAUACCAAUGUUUUUCGCGGUAAAUAUGAAGCAAAUCGUCUAUUAACCGAUACAAUGUAUGUUGAAUUGUUUAUGCGAAGUACUAAACAUGGUAUACGAUAUGGCUUAUUUGCCGGUACAUUUGUUGGUUCCUUGACAUUGGCUGCAUGUUAUCGAAAUGAUCUAUAUUAUCGUGAUUGUGCUUUAGCCGGCGCUGUAACCGGUAUCAUUUGGAAAGCACAUCUUGGUUUGCGGGCAACAAUUGUCAAUGCAACACUUGGUUCCUUGUUUGGUCUUUCAUUUGCAGCAAUCACCAGAUUAUUUAUGAAACUAUCCGGUACAUCUAUACGUCAGAUGCGUUAUGCUCAACAACUUGAUGAUGAUUUUCCAACAAAUUAAAUUUAAUCAAUUUAGUUAGUUUGCUUUUUCACUCUAUGUCCAUUCAAUGUAAAUAAAGAUCAAGUUUCUUUACAAAUCGAUCUUGAUUUCCUCACUCACUCAAUUACUACAACAAAGAUCAAAUCACAAACGAAUGAACAAAAGACCAACCUCAAUCGUUCCCCAUACUCAGUUCAUCCAUCAAUCAAUCAAAUCAAAGAACGCGCGAGAGAAAAAGAAAAUGAUUUUUCCCAUCAUUC